AUGGUGAGCGAUAAGAUAGUAGAAUCAAGCCACCGCAAACACCGUAGGUCGUAUUCUCCUUCCGACGAAGUCGUUAAAUCUUCCAAGCGGCACAAGCACCAUCAUCACAAGCAUCGACACAGUCAUCAUCUUGAUGAGGACGGCAAUGAAAAGAAUGUUUAUCCAUUUUUGGGGAAUCCUGGUAACGAUGGUGAACUUGAUUUGGAGGAAGGGGAGAAUUUGAAGAAGAAGGGAAGCAUUGAUAGAGAAAGCAAUAGAGACAACUACAGAGGUAGGAGUAGUAGAGAUAAAGCUAGGUCUAGUAGUAGAGAGACUGGGAGGGAGAAUGAAAGAGAGAGACGUAAGGAUCAAGAUAGGGAUAGAGGAAGAAGAGAAGACCAGAGUGAUCAGGAGAUCUAUAAAAGUGGUGGUGAUGGAUAUGGGGAAGUUAGGCAUGAUGCAGAAGAUGACUUAGAUUCUUUAAAAAGCCAUAAACCUAACGGUGAAACUCAGGGCAACGUUGAAAGGUCUGAAGUUGAUAAUGAUGAUGACGGUGAAGAUGUUGUUUGGGGAGUUGAAGAACAAGAAGCUGCAGAGAUGAAAAGAAUCGAGGAAAGCAAGAGGAUUACGCAAGCCAUAUUGGAGAAAUAUAAGAAAAAGUUGGAGCAGUCCUCUACUGUGGCAGAUGUUCAAGCUAAAGCUGGGUUGGAUACUGAGGCCGUAGAUGGUGAAGUCGCCAAGCUAUCUUCAGCAGUUGGGGAAACACCUGCACGGCUUGUGAUAUCAGACUCAGAUAUGACACUAGCUUCCGCAGGCAGCCCAAAGAGUGACAUGUUCAGUGAUGAUAUCUUUGGGGAGUCUCCUCUAGCUGAUGGUACUCGGAAAGGGAAUGCACUUGUUCCUUUUGUAAGGAGUGGACUCAAUGAUAAUUGGGAUGAUGCAGAAGGUUAUUACAGUUAUCAGCUUGGUGAACUACUUGAUGAUAGAUAUGAAAUCAUGGCUACUCAUGGGAAAGGUGUAUUCUCUACCGUGGUGCGUGCAAAAGACACAAAACCUGAGCUAGGUGAACCUGAGGAAGUGGCUAUAAAAAUUAUUCGGAAAAAUGAGACAAUGCAUAAGGCUGGCCAGGCUGAGAUUCGGAUAUUGAAGAAGCUAGUUUGCUCUGACCCAGAGAAUAAGCACCACUGCGUCCGUCUUCUUUCAACUUUUGAAUAUAGGAACCACCUUUGCUUGGUGUUUGAGUCUCUUCAUCUGAAUCUCCGUGAAGUUGUGAAGAAGAUUGGUGUCAACAUUGGUCUAAAACUAUAUGAUGUUAGAGUGUAUGCUGAGCAGUUAUUCAUAUCCCUUAAACAUCUCAAGAACUGUGGGGUUCUUCACUGCGAUAUAAAGCCUGAUAACAUACUAAUGAAUGAGGGAAGAAACAUGUUAAAGCUUUGUGAUUUUGGUAGUGCAAUGUUUGCUGGUGAAAACCAAGUUACACCAUAUCUUGUUAGUCGUUUCUACAGAGCUCCAGAAAUCAUUCUUGGACUACCCUACGACCAUCCGUUAGAUAUUUGGUCAGUUGGUUGUUGUCUGUAUGAGCUUUAUAGCGGGAAAAUUAUGUUCCCUGGCUCCACAAACAAUGAUAUGUUACGCCUGCAUAUGGAACUGAAAGGUCCCUUCCCUAAAAAGAUGCUUCGCAAAGGAGCAUUUAUCGAUCAACACUUUGAUAAGGACUUAUGCUUCUAUGCUACAGAGGAGGAUAGUGUUACUGGAAAGACAAUAAGGAGAAUAAUGGUCAACGUAAAGCCAAAAGAUUUAGGUUCAGUAAUUAGACGACGUUAUGAGGAUGAAGAUCCCAAGGUGUUGGUUCAUUUCAGGAAUCUUUUGGACAAAAUUUUCACACUUGAUCCUCAAAAGAGACUUACAGUGUCACAGGCAUUAGCUCACCCAUUCAUCACGGGCAAGUGA